CCGGUCUUGGUCGUCCGUACAAUCUAGUAGUUCGCUGCAUAAAGCAAGCUCGUGACCUUCAAAGGAUUUUGUCUUUCAGCCCAAGCAAACAGCAUAGGAUAGGAUAACUCCCAUGGCAGCAAACGGUGGAAGCAGGCCGAACUUUGCCGCUAUGGAAAUGGAAAGCAACGGUAGGUCGUCUCGGCGCGACAUGAAACCCAUGCCGGUUCAAUCUUCUUCCGGUUCGACGAGUCAUCCACUAGAUCAGCUAUGUAUGUUCCUAAAGCUGCAUUUGGAGUACUAUCCGCGCCUUGCGACAGCUCUAGUCCUAUCCAUCAUCGGACUACUUUUCUACAUGUUCGUAAAGUCUUUUCAAACGCCUAUGUAUAGGAACCGACUCUCGCACGAUUAUACCAAAAUCGAAUUGGACUACAACUUCAAAGCAUCGCAGUUAGAUCAUUGGUGUUUGUUUGGUGGAGACGACGCCUGUCAAUGCGAAGACUUUACCGAAACGAUCUCGCGAGAGGAACAACAAGGCUGGCUACCCGCUCAUGAAGCCAACAAAAAACGUAUUCAACAAAAUGUUGACUACGAUGUGGUUUUCUUUGGGGACGAGACGACGGAAGAAUGGAACGGCUACUGGUAUAACAAACCAAGCCAGGAUGGCCACUUAAUUCGCAAAUACUGGAAUGAAACCUUUACCAGCGCCGGUGGAGGUGAAUUGGAAGGUCUGGCCUUGGGUAUUGCCGGUGAUUCAACAGCCAAUUUAUUGUGGAGAAUGCAACACGGCGAACUGCCGCAGUCGCUGAACUCCAAGGUUUUCUGGCUACUUAUUGGAACAAACGAUUUAUCCCGGGGUGGCUGCUCUGAAGAAGCGACUGUCUUGGGUAUUCUCCGGACGGUAGAAGAGAUUGCCUUCAGCAACCCCGGUUCGGUGGUGGUCAUUCAGGGCAUUUUGCCACGAUCGUCGCGGCAAAAUGGGAGCCUGGAGAAAGUUGGAGGUCGAGCGCAUCAUCUCUUUGAAUGGCAUCAUUCAGAGACUUUUAAGGCUAAUCAGGCUCGCCGCCACUUCUUACUCUGGCCUUCUAUUCAGAAAAUCAAUCAGCAAUUGGCUACAUUCUGCAAAGAACACGACCACCUAGUUUACUUCGAUGUCGACUCGUUGUUUCUGGGAACCCUGGGCAACGACCACUAUACGGCAAAGUCGCAACAGAUUGUUUCGGAUCUUAUGCCGGACUAUGUUCAUCUUUCGGUGGAGGGACACCGAGUCCUGGGGAAUGCCAUUUUGCGUGAGCUACAGCGGAUCAUCUUCGAAGAUGACGAACGCAACGAUGUCGAAUAAGUUGAUGAUGAGAAGGUUUGCAGUCGUAUUUUAGUGUUCUUCUAUGGGAGAAGAAUAUGCUUUUUGUAUCAUACAUAGUUGUUCCGUAGACCGCCUUUCUGUUAAU